AAGUUCCAAUACAACAAGCUUUUCGCUCACGUGUCCGAUGAUGGCGCCGAGGCGGCAUGGGCUUCGAUGAUUCCUAUGAAUACAAUAGCACAUUAUACAACGUUGUGGUGUAUCAUCAACUGCACUGUCUGUUCGCAGUGCGAAGGAACUACUACCGCCUCUUAUCACAUGUGUCGUCUAACACCGGCAUCCAAGAUGAUGUGGAAGUCGAGCGGAUUGGGAACCGCGGAGGCCACUGCUUCGAGUAUUUGCGAAACGGGCUGAUCUGCAAUGCGGACCUGACGCUCGAGCCGUACAUACCGCAGGAGCGGAGUGCAAAAAUUUGGGACCUAGAUCAUCGCUGCGUCAAUUUUGAGGAUGUCUCGAAGUGGGCAACUUUAGUGCGCAGUUCCGACCGUGAAGGGAUCGAUAUUGCAGGAGGUUGA